AUGAUUUAAGACUCAUUCUAGAUAGAAGAUUUAACUAAGUGUUAGAUAGAACAAGUAUUUAAAAUAAAUUGAUUAUGAAAAGGUUGAGACUUUGAUGAAGAAUUUAGAUAAGAUCAAAAGUGAAAAUUUUGUAUUCUUUCCAAAUAGUUUAAUAAUUGAAAAACAGGAAAAACAAUAUGAAUUUAAAUUUACAGAAGAAAAUGCUUCUUUAAUAGGUUAAAGAAAUUAAAAAUUACUCUAAGAUCAGAGAUAGCCAAUUCAUAAUUCCAAACAUAUUUUGUUGUUAUUAAAUAGACUUUCAAAAUUAAAGUAAAUAAAACAAUAUUUUAAGUAUCUAUUUACCCACUUUAACAUAAGAGAGUUUUUUAAUGAUUGAAGAAGAAAAACAAGAGUCUGAAAAGGUAGGUCAAAAAAAAUAAAAUUACGUAUUAAAAGGUCUUCUGUAUAAGUUUUCUUUAGAGAAAUUACAUUAAAAUACACCAGAAAUUAAAAAUAAUCAUUGCAUAUCUCCAGAAUUAAUAAAUUCUAUUCAACAUUCAUAAAAAGAUGGUAAUAACAUAAUAUUCACUGAAAAAAUGGCUAUUUUUAAUAUCGGAUGCAUAUUAUUUGAAUUUUUCACAUUACAAAAAUUAUACUAAAGAGAAAGUAGUUUUUAAGAUAAUUGUAAAUAUGCGUUAACUUCAUACAUUUUUCUUUCUGGAUUUAAGUACGAUAGCUUUUUAUUUGGAUAACUAGUAUAAAAAUGCACUCUUGAAGAAGAAACUGAAUUAAAUAGAAGGUUCACUUUUUAAGAAGCUUUAGAUUAAAUUAUUUAUAUUGAAUAAUGUGUAAAAUAUAUUGAUAAAGCUAAGUUGGAAUAAAAGUCAAUAUCAAUUCAUGACUUUUUUUCUCAAAAAUCAAGUUUAUAUGAUAAAUUAGUUGAAAGUUUACAAAUGAAAGUAAAUCAUUAAGUCACUGGAAGAUUAUAUAUUUUGUAAAAUUUAAUGAGAAUGAAAUUCAUUUACAUUUUCUUUUAGGAAGAGGAGUUGGAAUGUUUUAGAGAUUUUCUUAUAUUAAAAUUAAUAAUUUAAGAACUUUAAGAACUGAAAAAAUUUGAUUUGAUAACAAAUUAGCCUUUAAACAAAUAAAAUGAUAUUCUAAAUUUCAAAGAUUCUUUAGAUGAAAUUAAAGAAUUUUAAACUCAUUAUUCCUCUAAAUAUUAGCAAAUUUUAUUUUAAUUAAUAAAAGGAAUUGAUGAACAUAAAUAUAAUGAAAUAUCUUAAACUCAUUUUAAAAAAUAAUUUAGAUCAAGUAAGGUAUAGGAUUUUUAGAAAAAUUUCCAUGCUGAUUUAUUUUAACAAAAUAAUCCAAAAUAAGAAUUAUUUAAAUUAUGCUUAUAAAAUAUCAAUUCUAUAUUUCUGUAGGAUAAAUUAACAAUAUAUUUCAAACCAAUCUUUAUACAAUUGAUUAUUGACAAUCCUUAUAAAAUUUAUGAUAACUUAUUAUAAAUGUUAUUUGGAAAUGAGAUUUAAGAUAAUAAAAUUUAAGAAAUUAUUUAGACAAUAAAAUUGAAUUCAAAUUAAUUUUGA